AUGACACCACCAACGACUCGACGCUACCCCAUCCGUCUGUUAGUACGGCAUCUUCCUCAUGAUACAACCGCCGAAAGCAUCACUCGGAUCAUCGUUGAGGGUUGCCCCACUGAUAGUGUGGAGGAGGUAACGACGGUGUACGUAAUCCCCGGGCGUCCUCAACAAGGCGUCCUGCCCCCCAUUCCCUCCACAGCAGUCGUUACGAUACAACCGACGGCACGCCAGCAGGCCGACAGCAACCUCGCGAUGUGCGAUCGCGCUCUCGAGAUUGUGGCUGAUACCUUCGACGGAAAAGUGGUUCACUCCGGUGAUGCUGGCACCUGCAACGUAAUGGAAUCCACCGUGGAACUCUCGCCUGUUUGUCUUAGAAUCCCCUCGGGCAUGCGUAGUAAAAGGGGUGUGUCAGAGGAUUGGGUCAAUAGGUUGCGCAGUAUUAGUGCCGGAUCCAUCGAAGAUGACGACAACUACAGAGCCUUUUGCGUAUCUGCGCUGGGAAGCAACAGGGAGGUGUUGACGGCUGGUAAUAACAUGUCGAAAGGAUGGAUGCAUGAAGGGGGGAAUACUGGGGACGGGGCUACAACCCAUCAGGCUGGCGCCGCCGCUACAUCGCUGCGGGAACAACACCAACAAGGGUCACAGGAGGGCGAGGGCAAACAAAUUUCAAAUCUCGUAAAGUAUUUGGUUUCCGGCGUGGACCAACGCAAGAAGAAAGGGUCCAGCUGCCGGCGCAAGAAUGAAAAGAAAGCAGGUGCCCCUGCCAACGCCAAACCGAUGAAGAUACUUGUGCGAGAAUGGACUGAAGACGAUGCAGGGAAGUUGACAUCGGUGGGGCAGACGGGGGCAGGUUUACAGAGGCGGGAAGUCAGCUCGGGGACGACGAAAACGCCGCCCCGAGAAGGUGGUGGACAAGGCGAAAGCGGUGGAGGAAAGCGGCGCAAGCGCUCGCGGCAGUCGAAGAAGAAGGCGGCAAAGCUGGACGAUCUUGAUGGACAUCGUAAUACUGACGGUGUUUCGGGCACGCUAGAAGGGCGGAAAGGGAAGGGGCUGAAACUCCCCAAACGCACAGCAGAAUUAGACAAUCAUUCGGACGAAAGUGCAGUGAACGAUAAAGGAUGCAGGGACGCCGAAAAACGCGCGAACCGUCGAAAGAAGCGGCGAGCGGAUAGGAAAAGGCGGAAUAGAAGAAGCAAGGAAAAGGAGGGCGAAACUUUAACCGCUGCGGGUGCUGAGUAA